CUGAAGCCCGUUUCGGACACGGCCUAAGUCUUUGUUGACUUAUAUAUGUAUUCAUGGUAAUUUUCCACUUGUAGUGUAGGGGCCGUAUAUCACGCGUCCCUUGUUAACGUUUGGCUAGGCUGAGUGGUUUAUCAAAACGAUCCGUGCAUGACUUGUCCGCGCCGUAGAACUUGAACCACACCGGAUGAGCUCGGACUUUCAACUUGAAGAUCGUCGUGAUAAAAGGUGAAGUGAAUGAAAUAUGGCUUUCCUCAGAAGCAUGCACCGAAGCAUCCAAGUCUUCAACUCAGCGACAAUGCUGACCCGUGUGAAAUCUUCACUGGGCGUGGCUGUGUCUCAAGUCGGGAGCCGUUUGGAAUCAACAACUCCCACUGCCUUUCAAGUCAAGGAGCAGGUUGCCAAGACCAGCCCAGUAUCCUCCUACAAUGAAUGGGACCGUCUGGAGGAAGUGGUCGUGGGAAGAGUUGAGAAUGCUGUCGUUCCCCCCUUUAGCCCCGAAUUAAAGGUUAGCGCAAAUGAAAAACACUGGGAUUUCUUCCGAGACAAUCAAGGCAGGCCCUGGCCCAAGGAACACACGGAGAAGGCAAUAGCUGAGGUCGAAGAAGUCUGCAACAUUCUCACUCAAGAGGGAAUCGUCGUCAGAAGACCCGAUGCUAUCGACUUCACUGAGGAGUAUAAGACGCCUGAUUUCAGCUCAACAGGCAUGUACUGCGCCAUGCCCCGGGACAUUUUGCUGAUCGUCGGCGAAGAAAUCAUCGAGUGCCCCAUGGCGUGGCGGUCCAGGUUCUUUGAGUAUCGCGCCUACCGGGAGCUGAUUAAGGAGUACUUCAAGGCGGGGGCUAAGUGGACCACGCCCCCUAAGCCACUCAUGUCAGAUAAACUGUAUAAUGAGGAUGUCAUGGACCUAUCGGAUGAGGAACGCUCGCUGCAACAUCACCAGGGACGGCACUUCACCACCGAGUUCGAACCCUGCUUCGACGCGGCUGACUUCGUGCGGGCCGGAAAGGACAUUUUUGUGCAGAGAAGCCAGGUGACCAACAUCUUCGGCAUUGAUUGGAUGGAUCGUCACCUUGGUGACGAGUAUAACAUCCACCUGUUGACCUUUGAUGACCCUCGGCCCAUGCACAUCGAUGCCACUCUUAUGCUGAUCAGACCAGGGCUUGUCCUGGUCAACCCGUGUCGGGGUUGCCAACAGAUCGACUUCUUCAAGAAGGCUGGGUGGGACAUUGUCGAGACCGCUUCACCUCUGAUGCCAGCAGAUCACCCGUUGUGGCUGGGCUCUCAGUGGCUGUCCAUGAACGUCCUGAUGCUGGACCACGACCGCGUCAUGGUGGAUGCCAACGAGCUCCCGACCAUCCAGAUGUUUGAGAAGCUUGGCAUCAAGACGGUCAAGGCCUCCAUGCGCUACGCCAACUCCUACGGAGGCGGAUUCCACUGCUGGACGAGCGACAUCAGACGAAGCGGGACACUGCAGUCCUACUUCUAGGUUGAUUGGUACCACUGGGAAGAUAUGAGGGCGCCCUUUACUGAUGCUUCCCCCUUUGUAGACCCUCUUUAAGACAAUCAAACCUAUCAUGUUAGAAAGGAGUUGUCUUUACGCACAAACCGUUUAUUCAGGCAGUGCAAUAUGUCUUAUCGAGGAUU